AUGUCGCUCGCGGCCACGCUCACGCCGUGGUUGGACAGCAGGUGGCUCCUCAGGCUGCACUUCUGCACGAAAACCGCGCCGCACAGCGAGCACUUGAAGCGCUUGACGCCACCAUCCGCUCACGGCCUCAAACUCGCCCCAAGAGCUUCGCAACUAAGCGCUGAUGUCGCUCGCGGCCACGCUCACGCCGUGGUUGGACAGCAGGUGGCUCCUCAGGCUGCACUUCUGCACGAACGCCGCGCCGCACGUCGGGCACUUGAAGCGCUUGACGCCACCAUCCGCUCACGGCCUCAAACUCGCCCCAAGAGCUUCGCAACUAAGCGC